GCCCAGGACCCCAGCUGCAGCCUGACACGGUAUUCUUGGUAUCUGAGCAUUAUUAUGCAUUAUUUUCAAGCUUUGCUAAAGGAAUUUAAACCUUUGAGAUGUUUCCAUUAAUUGGAAAAACAAUCAUCUUUGAUAACUUUCCUGAUCCUUCUGAUACAUGGGAAAUCACUGAAACAAUUGGCAAAGGCACUUAUGGGAAAGUUUUUAAAGUUUUGAAUAAGAAAAAUGGCCAAAAAGCAGCAGUCAAAAUUCUGGAUCCAAUUCAUGAUAUUGAUGAAGAGAUUGAAGCAGAGUAUAACAUCUUAAAAACACUAUCUGACCAUCCUAAUGUGGUCAAGUUCUAUGGAAUUUACUUUAAGAAGGACAAAAUCAAUGGAGAUAAGCUGUGGUUGGUUCUUGAAGUGUGUACUGGAGGGUGUGUGUCUAAGCAAUGA